GGGCUGGAUCUGCUGGGAAGGAAAAGGGUGGGGGGUGGCAGUGGUUAGAGGGGUCUUUUCAGCUCUUUCUGGAGGCAACAAUAGUCUUUGUUCAAGAUCUUCCACCAUUCUUAUUAGGGCUACCAAGAGGAGGGAGGUGCGAGGAGAAGGGUGUUUCUCCAUAGUAACAAUGACAAAACAAGCCAGUUUAGAGGGAGACACUCCAACUCCAGCAGGAGAGCUGAAGAAGAAGGAGCAGGUUUCACUCUGCUGCAGAACGUUUAGCAGAAGUUUCCCAGGCAUGGAGCGGGACAGCCACAGCGAGGACACGUUGUCCACCAUGGUCCUGGAGAACGUCAAGAACAAACUGAUCCACGCCUUCAGGGUGACCGCCGAGUCCAGAGCGGGUCAGAGGGAGGCCGGCGGCAGCGGCGUUGGGAGGAGCCAGCAGGCCAACGAGGAGCUGCGGCGGGCGCAGAUAGAUGGAGCUCUGACCUGGCUCCGAUCCGAACUGCUGGAGAUGCGUUCGCAGGACGUGCAGCUGGCUCAGACGCUGCUGGGGCUCAACACAGAGAUCCAAAGACUGAGGAGAGAGAGCUUUGGGGGGCUGGAGGUGCAAGGGGAUGAUCAGCAGUGAGCGAACCCCACAAGACCGCUUCUUAUCUGGGAGGGACUUAAAGCAGACGAAGGGAAUCCGUGGAGCCAGAAGUAAAGAAUCCGACACAACAGAGGAACACUGAAUGCAUCGUUUGAACAGAGUCGAGCUGCUGCCUGGACAUUAAUGGAGGCAGACAGAACAACUAACGUUGCGUUCACACUGCAGCCUGAAGUGAAUCAAUUCCGAUUUCUUGUCAAGUUGGAUUUUUUUGUCUUUUCCAUUCACACUUUAAAAUAAAUGCGACUUGUAUAUGUUCUGCAGUGUGAACUGCAAACGACCUGAAAGUGUCCCGCAUGCGCAGUAGAGGGCGCAAUAACCCCAGCGCUCUCAGUGUUUUGCCAACCGCCAUAAAAAGAAGAAGAGCUCCGUGUUUGCGGAAGUAAACAUGGAUGCUAACGGUGGAGCAUAGCUUGCACAGUUGAAGUUGGUGUCCAGCCAGAGCAGCAUAUUAACAACUUAAUCCUCAUUAUCGUCCGUCAUGGUUGUUGUUUUCCUUCCCGCUUGCUCGUAUCAGGACGCAGAACAGUGACGUUUGUCGAAGAUCAGUGACGUUCAGUCCAGAUGAACGCGAGCUGGACUUUGGGUCACAUUUGAAUCAGAUACGUAUCGGAAUACCGGAGUGGCCUGGGUCGCGUUCAAAAAGCAUCCGACCUGUGUUGUUCAGACUAUCAUGAAAAGGUCAGCUACAGGUCGCAUUAAGGCAAAAAAUAAAAAAAAUUUGAAUUGGUUCACUUCAGGUUGCAGUGUGAGCGCAGCCUAAAAGACACUUUGCACUUCUGCAGGGUUCCUCUGAUUCUGAACAGUAAAAUGAUAACGAAUGUGAAGUUGAGGAACAGUAAAUAAAUAAAUUGUUAAAAAUAUUUGUGCCAGCAGCUUUAUUGAGCCAACUUUCUGAAUCACAGGAGAUUAAAUUCAUCCACGCUUUCCCUCUUUUAUAGACAU